AUGUCGGCCCAAAACUGGGGCGACCUGCCCAAGCUCAAGAGAGGCGGUCACCAGCGCCGGUCUAGCGAGUACGAACUUCCCCCGACUGAACAAAGACAAUCCUUAGACAGCCAACCUCCACGACGAACGAACCGUGCAUCUAUACAGACCGCCUACACCGAAGCCCCCUCCGAAUCAAUAUUUGCGCCGGGUUCACCAUCGUCCUCUAGUGUUACUCCCCAAGGCUUGACUCCGCGGCCUCCAUCUUACCAGGCCGGCUUCACAGAGUUCGCUCGGGAUAACUCUGAUCGCAAGCCGCGGCGGAUGCCGCACGACGAGGACGAAUACUUCUUGCAAGCCUCCCCGUCCCUGCCGGAAGCACCCGACGUUCCGCGCGGCCCGCCAGUGAGCUAUCGACAACCAUACGUGCCAGCUAUACACAUACCCCAGGCCCCGACCACUAGGCACGAGCCAGUGUCGCCUUAUCAACCUCGGACAGGUAUUUCAGAAGACGAUCAGCCAUAUCCUGCCUAUAGUGAUAUGCCUUCGGCAACAAUUCCCGCUCCAAUGACUGCUUCCACAUACGUUGACGAUGCUCGCCCUCGCGCAGCUGAUACCUUUGGACAACCUCGGAGGACAUCUACAAGCGCAACGUCUGAUCGACGCAAAAACAUGACUAAAGAAGAAAAACGAGCCCGCGUGGAAGCUGCAGAACAACGAGCUAGGCAGCGCGCAGCCAAGAAUGCCCAAGCUCUGGCUGGUCCUCCUCCCGAUAACGGCUCGACUACACUUCAUGAUGUCGGUGCUAGACAGUCAACGCAGCAGCCCAUGCCCAGGCAACAGACUGCCUCAUAUGCCACUGAUUCAAGAUCACGGCCCGCAGCCCAUCACGAUUGGACACAGCAGAUGCAGCCAGACACCAUGCCUCCAGCCUCGACUGUGCACCAGUCGGCGGACGGUUAUGACCGACCUCUGGACCGACCUUCCUCAAACAUUCCACAACGCAACCUAAGCUUUAAGGAUCGCGCCGCGAGGGCUCCCGUUGCUACGCACGACACCGACAUUCUGGAGCCCGUGAAGCAAAGGGCGUCUCCUCUCGCAGCUCCCAAUCUCCAUCGUCGCAUCGGCUCUGAAGCAGCUCCUCGCAACUACUCCCCUCUGGUGCCUGUGCCUGGCAAUGCUCUUCCUCGCUCCGUCAAAAACAAGGAGCUCCCUCCCAUUCCAUCACCUGAUCACACAAACGGCAACCAUAAUAUGAGAGACGUACAGCAACAGCAUCGUUACAGCAACGCGAUUUCGCAGGGCAUCCAGCGUCGCGCUACAGAGCCGACCUAUCGCCGUCAGCACGACACAAAUGAGACACAUGCAGAGAUCCCAGAUCAGCAAGCAUUUAGUGCGGCAGUUUCGCGGGAGGAAUCGCAAACGGAAGAUGGCAUAGCGCUUGCCAGGAGGCGACUUGAGAGAGGCGACAGCGAUGGUGGGACGACAAAAGAGAACCGGCAUCGACUAGGCAACAUGCUCUAUUCCAAUGCAGAUACUCUGCGGCCCGGCGAAGGCUUGUAUCAGGCUCCAGAAUGGCUAGAUGAGUGGGAAAAGGCACCAGUCGGAACAUUGUCCGGACCAUUGCUCGAUGUUCACACCGAAAAUUCCUCACAGGAUGCUUACAAGGCAUGGUGGGAGCAAGGAAAGGGACGGGGCGCCAAUGUGACUGCUCGUUUGAGAAAAGGUGACACUUUUGACGGCGAGUAUGACGACGCAAACGUGUUAACCCGUUUUAAACCCAAGCUCUACCUGAGGUGUGGUCCACUCCUGAGAUACUGCGGUAUUCGCAAGGAAGCAAUUCCUUCCAGGUCGCAACGAGGCCAUCCCGUAGCGGAACGGGAAAUGUGGCGUGGAAGCGUCAUGAUUGUUACUGAGGAUUCUGUAUCUUCUUAUCAAACAGCCCCGAUGCUUCGCAUUUUUGUGCAAGAUAUUGGUCUUCUGCCAUCAGCUCCACAUCACGUCAAAGGGGAGCUCUCGCCAGAAUAUGUUGAUCCCAUAGCUGGCCACCCAAAACUCGGUCGUCGCGGAGAAACGUUUUAUGUCCGACCUGUCGAACACCUGGAAGAAGGCAAAGAUCUUUCUAUGGAUGAGACAGACAAUGGACUGUUCGAGAUGACGCGAAGCCCCCCAGACGUCCCGCCCCCGAAUGGUGCGCCCGACUACCCCGGUUCCUACUCUAGCCGCAAAAGUCGAGCAGGCGUUGACGGUGAGAAAGCGCAAAAGUUCAAGGAUGUGCGUGGUUUCCAGCUUCAUGCCGAAAGAGGCUACACCUUCUGGCGCUUCAAUAUCGAGAUCGAGCUUCGAGAAAAGCAGCAGCGCAUCGCCUAUCGCAUCAACCAAGGACCAUGCAUGGCUUUUUGGGUACCGCCGAGGGGUCAGACGAUGAAUAUGAUGUUUCAUAGCUGCAAUGGUUUUAGCGCGAGCGUAAAGCCAGAUGACUUGAGCGGACCAGAUCCCAUGUGGCGUGACGUCCUCAAUACUCAUCAGUCGAAACCAUUCCACGUCAUGAUUGGUGGUGGUGACCAAAUCUACAACGAUUGCGUCGCCGAUGAAUGCGAUCUGUUUGGAGAGUGGCUUGAUAUGAGAAACCCUUUCAAUAAGCAUCAUACGCAGUUCACUCCAGAGAUGCAGGACCAGCUGGAAGAGUUUUACCUUGAACGGUAUUGCACGUGGUUCUCCCAGGGCCUCUUUGGACUGGCCACAUCUCAAAUCCCCAUGGUAAACAUGUACGACGACCACGAUGUCUUUGACGGCUACGGCUCUUACCCCGACCACGACAUGAGAUCGCCAGUAUUUUCUGGCCUUGGUGCGGUGGCUUUCAAAUACUAUAUGCUGUUCCAGCAUCAAAGUGUGCUUCCAGAAACUGAGACAUCGGAGCCCAGCUGGAUACUUGGUCCCAGCCCUGGUCCAUAUAUUAAGGAGCUCAGUCGCAGUGUCUAUGUCUCUAUGGGAGGCAAAACUGCUCUACUUGCCGUGGACACACGCACAGAGCGAACGGAGCACGAUGUCAUCGACGAGAAAACCUGGGAAAAGAUUACUAGCAGACUGUAUCUUGAAGUCCGCAAAGGACAAGUCGAGCAUCUCUUGGUUUUGCUUGGUGUGCCAAUUGCAUAUCCGAGGAUGGUCUGGCUUGAAAACAUUCUUACAUCGAGACUCAUGGAUCCUGUCAAGGCUCUAGGAAGAGCUGGUGUUUUUGGAAAGAUGCUCAACAACAUUGAUGGCGGUGUGGAGGUAUUGGACGACUUGAACGACCACUGGACAGCCAAAAACCACAAGCAAGAGCGAAGCAUUAUCGUGGAAGACUUGCAAGACCUCGCCAUGGACAAGUCAGUACGAGUUACAAUUCUCAGUGGCGAUGUGCAUCUCGCCGCUGUUGGCCAGUUCUACUCCAACCCACAGCUUGGGCUCGCUAAGCACAAGGACCCGCGAUACAUGCCCAAUAUCGUUUCAUCGGCGAUUGUGAAUACACCGCCCCCGGACAUGCUCGCUGAUGUUUUGAACAAACGCAACAAAGUUCACCACUUUGAUAAGAAUACCGAUGAGAGCAUGAUUCCGAUAUUCCAGCAUGGUCCAGAUGGAAAGCCUCGAAAUAACAAGCAUCUUUUGCCUCACAGAAAUUGGUGUUCGAUUCGUCAAUGGUCUCCUGGAAUGACGCCACCACCAACGCCGCCCGCAUCUGAUGACGAGCGCAGCCCAAGCCCUGCGCGGGCUGCGGGAGGGGGAGGUGGACUACUUAGGCGAUUUUCACUUGGCAGCCGCUCGAGGCCAAAGCUAUUUGAAGGUUCUCGGGAAUCCGUCCGCGGAUCUCGCCCCCCGAUCUCCGGCGGAAUGUUCAGAAGCCUGACUAGGAGAAACUCUGAAAAGGGAGCUCCGCCGCGUGCCCAAAUCGCAAGAAGCAUGUCUGUUGGUAGCACGGAUCGCCCGAAAACAGGUCUCUUCGGCUUCAUGCGCAGGGGUAGCCAGAGCAAAGCAAUGGAAUAUGAUGACGACGAUGACUCCAUAGGCCGCUGGGGUGCACCGGCUCAAGGUCGUUAUCCAAGCCCUUAUGGUCAGGACCAAGAGGAACCUCUUGGCCUUCGCGGUGGCGCUGCCACAAACGACGAAUACUCAGAUGGAGAUGAUGCAUACUUCAGCCCGCGUCCACAGCGGGAGCAGGCAGGAGACAGCCAACCGGCAAGCCAGCCCCAUGACAACCCAAGAACCAAAUCAUUUCACAGGACUCCCACCGGUCUUUCAAUUAAGCAAAUGAAGAAUGCGCAAAAUUUUGCAGUGGAUCUGGAGGGCGGGUUGGACAUUUGCUUGAAUGUCGAGGUGAACCCAAAAGACCCGACAGGGAUUACAGCGCCGUACAGAAUCCUGGUGCCCCGGCUGCAUUAUGAAUACACAGCAGAAGCUGAUUCGUUGGCUGAGGCCCGGACUCAAGCGCAGCCCCAAGCACAGCCCAGUGGGUUCAAGAGGUUUCUGAGCUUUCGCAAGAAGCCAGAGCCGCCAGUUUCAAGAUACGAGGAGCGGAAUCCAGUGGACGACGAACCCGAGCAAGAUUAUGAGGACGAUUCAACCGAAGCAGGAACAGUUAGGCGCCGAUACUGA